ACCUGAGUCAGGCGAUCUCUACAACAAAAAAGAGAGAAACGCCUCUUACCAUUACCUAGUCAAGCCAAGGAUCAGUAUUACAUUACAAGGAGAAAGAGCAUGCAUACCUGAGAGAGAAAUAAGGAUUAUGGGAUGUCUCUCUGUGUGUGUCUAAUCUAACCAUUCUUUGGGGCCAGAAUUGCUGGAUAACAGUUCAGCUCGUCUGCAGCGGAAACAGAAGAAACAGAACCCACUCGGUCAACAGACAGACGGCACGCGAUGCUUCAGCGACAUUUUCACUACUCAUCUCCUGUGAGGACCUACAACUUGUCUUAGUGUGGAUAACGGCAGGCGACAGCGGAGAAUAAUCAUUCACCGGCCGUGGUAAUGAACUCCAGCACACCAUACAGCUGUGAUUGGGUGUGUUGGGUCCAGAGCUGUGUAUAUGUACCCAUUCUGGUUUUCGGUUUCCCUCUGAUCCUGGCCGCUCUGUGGCAGCUGCUCUUCCGCGUUCGACGCUGGAGCGAAUCCACGGUUUACCUCAGCAACCUGAUCAUCAACGACAGCCUGCUGAUGCUGUCCUUGCCCUUUAAAAUACAUGCCUACAAGAAGCGCUGGACUCUAGGCCAGACUUUCUGCUCCCUGCUGGAGAGCCUGCUCUAUGUCAACAUCUACGGCAGCAUCAUGCUGAGCGUGUGCAUCGCGGUCGACCGAUACAUCGCUCUACAGUUUCCAUUCGCUGCACGCCGUCUGCGAUCUCCACGCAAGGCAGUGCUCGUGUGCCUAACCUUGUGGAUGGUGGUCUUUGGAUGCAGCUUCCCCAUCUACAGACUUCACGAUGAUGAACAAAUGAACAAAACAUUUUACUGCUUCGAGGACUUCUCCAACUCAACUUGGACGAAAAGUUGGAUUCUGGUGUCUAUGGAGACAGUGUUUUGCAGCAGCGCCGUGGUGAUGGUGUUCUGUUCCGUGCGCGUCGUGCAAAUCCUGCACAAACUGAGGGAGCGCUACCCUGGAGAUUCCAAACUGCGCAACAACAAGAGCAUGAAGAUCGUUCUCAGCAACCUGGUGGUCUUCCUCACAUGCUUCAUUCCUUACCACAUAGCGGCGCCCAUAUACUUCCAUGCCAAGACAGGCAAGUGGAACCAAAACAUCAAUCAUCUACGCUACUUUGUUCACAUAAGCAUAUGUAUUAGCAACGUGAACAUCUUGGCAGAUGGCGCAUGUUACUACUUCAUCCUUAAAGAGAACCUGGAAUCCGCAAAGCGAGAGAGGAGAAUGGCUAUACGCAUCAGAGAGACACGAAUUCGAAGAUCAAAGAGUCUAACGUUUGGAGAAAUGCAUAAUGGAACGUCCAAAGCCACUAAGACUAUGGAAAUAUGUGUGGACACUGGUUUUACAUAAAGAUCUGCACCAAAACUCACGGAGACCGAAUGCUAGGAUGAUUAAUCCUACAGGAACACAGCAAAGAAAGACAGAAGACAGUAAGACAU